CUCCAAAGCAAAUGAGAAAACUAACGAAAACGUGUCAGGAAUCCAACACAGUGAUAAGGGAAAGAUACGGACAUGAGAAAGGCAGAGACGACGGAUCCUUAUAUAUAGCCUAAACUGCUUCGUUCAUGCACCCAACACAGGCCAACUGUAGGUGCAUAUUCCGCUGUCCCUUCACCUCUACCUCUCCACACUCACUCUCUCUCGCUCUGUCUGUCUUCUCUCUUCAUCAAUGGCUGGCCUGAGCUUCAUCGUUGGCAUUAUUGGCAAUGUCAUCUCUAUACUGGUUUUCGCUUCUCCCAUAAAAACGUUCGCGCGAGUCGUGAAGAAGAAAUCCACUGAAAGUUUCGAAGGAGUUCCAUACAUAACAACCCUGCUGAGCACGAGUCUAUGGACUUUCUAUGGCAUACUAAAUCCCGGGGCUCUGCUGGUCAUGACAGUUAACGCUGCUGGCGCUAUGCUGCAGCUGAGCUAUGUCACUAUCUUCCUCAUAUACGCUCCCAAGGAAAAAAAGUUCAAAUCGAUGAAGUUGGUGGCCUUAUUGAAUGUUGGAUUCUUCGGAACGGUUAUUGCAGUUACUUUAAUCGCACUCCAUGGAAACUUAAGGCUAAUCUUUGUUGGGAUUAUCUGUGCGUGUUUAACUCUAGGAAUGUAUGCGUCGCCUCUAGCAGUAAUGAGGACUGUGGUAAAGACGAGAAGCGUGAAGUACAUGCCGUUUCUGCUCUCGUUUUUCCUGUUUCUCAAUGCAGGCAUUUGGUCUACUUAUGCGUUGCUCGUCAAGGACUUCUUCGUCGGAGUGCCGAAUUUUAUUGGACUCGUACUAGGUACUGUGCAACUUAUUCUCUACACAAAAUACAAGAACAAGUCGCGCUCGGAAAAAUCCGACAAAGACGUAGAGAAAGAAGAGGAAGGGUCAGCCCACCUAGCGAGGGAAGGCAUAGAGAUGCAAGGGUGUGAGGAAGAGGGAGACAAUCAAACCAACACCAACAGUCGCACUCUGAGGAAAGGAAGCAGCCUCCCGACGCCGUCGAUCAUUCGGCAGUACAGCGUAGGGAAGUUUUCAAGGACACUCUCUGUAGGCUCGUACGAGCAACAUUGUGACUGGUACCUAGAUGACGAAAAUGACCACCAUGGUGAUCUUGAAGGUGGGAAGAACGGCGGAUCCUGAUUUUUGAAGCAAAAUCAAGCAAUGGAAGUUCUCAUGGAUCGACUUCCAUUGUACAUAAAGAACCUCGAACUAGACUUGCUUGGCCACAUGUCGUUGUAGGCUUAUGGAAUGAAAAGUUUUGGGGAAGAUGCAAAUAUUGUGGGGAUCAUACUAUUCAUAACACUCAAUGAAAUAUGGCUGUUCCUCAUGAUGCUAAACAAACCUCAAUUGCAAAGCUACGAGACCAGUUUUGAGGCCGAUAUCUCGCAUUGAUACCUUCGAAAACACGAUUGCUGUCCCGAUAGGAAUUUGGACUUUUAAG